CGUGCGUGUGUGCGUGUGUGUGUGUGUGUGUGUGUAUGUGUGUGUAGGUAAUAAGCUGCUCCGCCACUGCGCAACGAUGGAGCUAUCGCAACGAUGGAGAUGACGCAAACCGACCCAGCUCUCCGAAAAAGUGUUUCAAGACGAACAUGGCGGCAACUUAACCGCGGUCCAAGAUGACAAUGGCCAACGGGAGAAAGGAUUCUAGGCUUUCCGCCCAGGUACCGGGCAGUGUGCGUGCACCAAAAAGGCUCGUUGCUCUCCUUUAAGUGAAUCUGCAAAACGAAAGGCGGCAGACGCGCAGCAUCAGUACCGAGAGGCUCGCAACCGCUGGUCUCCCUGUGCCCCAGACGAGAGAACAAAUCCGGGGAGGGACGGUAGGGAGAGGGGGGCAUGCGGUCAAAGAGGACGCCGUUUCCCCCCGGAGAGCCAUGGAGAAGCGGGAUGCGGCAGCGCGAAGCUUAAUCUGUGCGGGCGCGCUAAUUGGAUCGGAGUAGCACCGAUUGCUUCGGGCGCGAUAGAGGAGCGCCCUGGACCGGCGGAGGCACGGCACCGUUACAGAGGAGAACCAACCGGAGUCCGUCUCCCCAAGUCAAUGAGUAUUGUGGCAGAGCAGCCCCCGCGGUGGAGUCGGCCAGGGCAGCACUUUCCUAAAAUAUGACCAGGGGUGCUUGGAUGCGUCGGCAGCAUGAUGAGGGCUUAAAAUACUGGUUUGCACCCCGAGAGAACGAGAAGCCAUUUACCGAGUCGGAACGGGCCCAGAGAUGGCGACUGUCGCUGGCCUCUCUGCUGUUCAUCACCGUCCUGCUCUCUGAUCACUUGUGGUUCUGCGCCGAGGCAAAACUGACGCGAACCCGAGACAAACGGUCGGACGAGGGGCUUGCAAUUACGGACAUGGGCGAGUACCCAAACUCCCUCCACCAACAUCCAACAUCACCUGACCCCAACCAUCUCGCCAGAGAGCAAGAUGUUAUUUUUCUAGGGAAUUCUACCAAACCUCUGUGGCGAAUGGACACCUGUCAUCCAGACAGCCUGUCCAAAGACUGCUUUACUUUCACGGACGCGGAGACCGUGUGCCUAGGCCUCUCCGGUAGAGGGGAAAAGGGGACACAGUUGGCGUACGUGAAUCUGAGCGAUUUGUACCUUUCUUUUUGUAAUUCAUACUCACUUUUGGAUUUGUUUUACGGGUUUACGAGUCCGGACGAUUUGAAUUGCACCCUGGAUAUGGCCAUGGGGGUGGAUCUGCUGGGAUGCAGCAAGUGUGUCCGGGCUUAUCAGCUUAUUGACAAGCGGGCCGAGGACAACUACCGGGAGUUUGAACUGCUGGUUCAGAAAUACGAGACGGAUGCAUACUCGGUUAGGACUUGCAUGGAGGAAUGCAAGAUGGUUUAUAAGCCCUGGCUGUGUUCUCAGUACUUCCAGACCACCCAGAUGCACUGCAGUAAGCGAAUCCCCUGUGGUCAGUAUUGCCUGGAGGUGCAGCAGCGGUGCCCCUUCGUCCUGCCCGACAAUGAUGAUCUCAUUCAUGGAGGCAGCCCCAGUUUUAUAUGCACAGGGCUGCUGGAGGACUAUCCAUCAGGUGUUGACCCGAAUGCAGAGUGCUGUGACGUGUGGUGGGACUUAAAAGUGGACAACCGUUCCCGGGGGACCCUGAAAAGAACUCACCCACCAUGCCAGCACCGUACCUCCCUCAGCUCCUCAGCAGCCUGCAGACUGUGUAACAGCAGGCUCAAACUCUGCCUCCUGGUCCUUGUCCUUCUACACACUGUUGCCAGCCUAACUGCAUCCCAAAAUGCAACAGGACUGGGCCUCCCCGCAAUUACGCCUCUGGAGGAAAGCCCUGCCAAUGAGGAGUGAUCGAGCUGCCAGUAGGAUGUGAGGUUGUUGGGGUGGGGGACUCCCUCACCAUGGCAACCAAUGUGGAAAAAAACAGCCACAGUUGUGCGAACGGCUGGAGCUGUGUGCCUGUGGACAUUCUGCAACGAUUUUUGGCAAAUGGAAAAUGUGGGACGCUUUAAGAUGAAAGACACACAACUCAAUCAAAACAAAUAAAUAAGUAAACAAACAGACAUACUAAGGGACUCAACCAGUCCCUUAGAUACGAAGGGGACAAUGCCAUAGCCUUUGUUGAGUGGGAAGGUCGGCUUCCCAUGGCUGAGUUUAUCUCACUAUGCUUUUUUUACACUGUGUCUCAAUUAUUGGUUUCUGUUGCACUGGCUGACUAUGGAAUAACACAAUCAUAUUCUCUUUCUAAAGUUCACCCUUUGUGUUUGUUUCUGGUUCUCUCAUACAGGAAGAAAUGCGUUCUUUAAAUAAGACAGACAAUGUGUAAAAAAAAAAGAUUAACUGCAAGAGUGUGUGCAAUGGUUUGUGUUUUUAGAUUUACUGUGUGUGUGUGGGUUUGCGUGAGAGUGUGUAUGCAUGCAUGUUUUUACACAUGUGUGUAUGUGAAUGUAUGGGAGGGUGAGUGUGUAUUGCUGACUUGUACCCUAAAAGUCUAGCUAACAGGCUGUUGCAGCGGUGAUGUUUUUGUGGAGCCCCCCCCAAGAUGUCACUUCCUAUAGCUCUGUCAUGCUGAUUUGUUGGCCACAAUCCCAUCCAAACUUGACUGGGUUUUGAAUGUGGUUUUGAUGUCCAUAAUAAGGACUGUGUUUAACGGAGGUUUAUGGUUUUCCUACUCUUUGUUUUGUGAGAUAAUAUUCACCUAUUAACACAGAUCUAAACAUUUCAAAAAUUAGCAUCAGCAAAAAGCUAACAUCUGCUGAACUGUGCACACAAGAAAAAAACAGCAUGUAUUCUUACAAAAUGGCUAAUUGAUAUCUCAAUCUUAUUACUCCUUGGGACUUAUUUUAAUAGUUUUGAAUAUGAUUCAUUUCACUGAAGUCUGACAGGGGAAAAGACUUACAUGGCAAAUAAAAUGAAGGCUGACUGUGUACACACAGUUUUCCUGUAUAAUGAAAGAUUAUUGUAAUCAUUUUGGGUGCACUCACUUUUAGUUUUACACCAAAUACAAAUAAACUGAUAGCUAUAAUCUAUAAUACGUUUAAUAAAUGUCAUCUGACUGAGUUUCUUUCCCCAUCAAGCUUCAAUGUAGUAAUGUUGGGUUAGUUAGUGUGUUGCUUGAUCUCAGCAGUUACUUGGUUAAGUAAAAUCUUAUCAUAAUCAAUAAAACUGAUGACAAAAACUAUAAAAGUAAGACCCAAGCUGUAUCAAACCAUAAUGAUAUUCAAGCUUCAUGUUAACACUACCAUAGGGCUGAGCCACUUGAACAAAUUGAAUCAAAUUAAUUCUACAUAAUAACAAAUUAACAGAAAUUUAGAAAGCUUUUAAUUAAAAUACUGAAAAAAUUAGGAGGGGAUAUUAUCAUUGGGUUGGUAAUUUUUGGUCCAUUGUCAUUUAAUAACUCUAGUUGAUAAAAGUGUAUACCCUAAAUAACUGUUAAUUAUUAAAAUCCUGAAAAUAACAUGAACAUUUUGCUAUAGAUUGUUCAUUUUUUAAAGAGUUAAAAGAGUUGUUUGAUUACAGCAAACAAAAAAGGACAGAUAGGAUUUUAUCUCAUGAAACAAAACAUAAAACUGUUAAGCUUGUCUUAACCAAAGAUGUUAUUUCAGGCGUUUUACAAAAAAUCAUUCAGAUUGUGGUCACUUAUCAGCAACGUUGCUCAACAAAGUUAACCAACAUCAAGAUUAAAGCACCAGAUCAAUGUGUAAUAUCCACUGUUGUUCCAGACAAAGAAACCUUUGUUAUUUUAGUUUAAAAAAUGUAAAGUUACAACCCAGUCCAAAUAAUAUCCACAACUAAAAACAAUGGGGAUUGAACGUUCCUUAAUCUCUUCUGCCUCAAGAUCCUUGGUUCUUCUCUUUCUCCCUGCUGGUGCCCAGCAGUUAAAGUACUAAUAUUUUUAUUGUACCAUCGCUCAAACAAAAACUCAAUUUUUGAAACAAAACUGACAUUCAUCUAUAUCAGUGGUGUCAAUUUAACCUCAGGCCUUUUUAUUUACAGGAAUCAUGAUGACUGGAUGAUACCUUUAAGGUGUCUCAUGCAGUUAUUAUGAAGAUAAAAUGUGAAAGUCUAACUAGAAAAGGUAACAUGCUAUUUUUAGUAGCAUAAAGGAAUAUUCCUAGUCUACUAAUACAGUGGAUGUAUUAUACUACCCGUUCCCUGGCCAUAUAGUACGUAUGGAAUGACACUCUACAUAUCAUUAACAGACACUUGUUUCUGUUGAAUCCAAAUGUGUAACCAACUUUAAUGAACUGCAUGUGGAGGCUCUUUGCAAUGUAUGUCGCUUUUGUUGAAUGUCCUCACUCAGCACUCCACAUCUGAUCCCAAAUCAGUUCCUGUAGCAUGCCCACUGUCCUCUACUUUUCUCCUCAAAACAUCAAACUAAUGUCUCAUUAAUUAAAGGGCUUAUUAAGAUAUACAGUACAAGCAUCAUCAUCAACACAGUCGGACACACUAAACCACAUUCACAUCCCAAUUGUUAGAAGACAAAGGGUAAAACUUGGCUCACUUCCUGUUUUAUUUUAAGCUUUUAUACCUGCAGUACAGAGGCAUUCCACUGGCUGUUGCUGGAGAGCAGGAACAAAAACAAAUACGGAGUAAGGAGCAUCACUGUUUGAGUUAGCACUAAUGGCAUAGCCUGAUAAUUGUCCAAGUCAGCUGACACUUGGAAUGUCACAGGAAUGGUAUGACCUCAAGGGCUGACUUCUUCUUUAGUUUCUCGAUUUUCUUUUGUCUCUUCGAUGAACAAGGCUGUGACAUCAGGUAUUUGAAGAUACAAAAUAUGUUGUUGAAUGCAUUCUUUUCCACUCUGAUUUCUUAUAUGAGAUGUCCAAUCUGAUGUCAAGAAUUUUAUUAUACAGCUUAUAUGAGGAUUUAAAAUACAUCAAUAUUCAUAUAUAACCAGUAUGUUGGCUUAUUUUGACAUAAAUUCAGUUUAGACCAGAACCAUUACCAUUACCGCUUUCAUGAAAUAGUCAUUGACAUUCAGAAGAGUACACCCAUGCCCAUCUUGGAUGGCCGCAGUCAGUGACAGAAAAAUGCUGCUAUUGGUUACCAGUAGAUGGAGAUAUUUUUAUUCUUUUAUAUUGCUGCUGCUGCUGCCGAAGACCUAUCACACAAAGACUGUCAUUACACAAGCAGUGUCAUUCAUACACAGGAAUCAGGAAGGCCGAGCUCUGGAGGAAAAAGUAAUGUGUGUGUGUGUGUGUGUGUGUCUGUGUGUGUGUGUGUGUGUGUGAGUGCGUGAGUGCGUGCGUGCGUGCGUGUGUGCGUGUGUGUGUGUAUGUGUGUGUGUGUGCGCGUGUGUGUGUGUGUGCGCGUGUGUGUGUGUGUGUGUGUGUGUGUGUGAGUGCGUGCAUGUGUGUGUGUGGGCAUAUACAGAAAAGGCCUGCAGGACAGGUGAGGCAAACCAGCAUUGUCUUUAGACCUACAUGGACCUGCUACAUUAGUUGUCUCAUUCACUGCAGCCCUAAAGUUGCAUGGACUGUAGUAUGAAACCAUUACCACAUACAGUAGAAUACAUAAUAACUGUGUCAAUGCCCCAAGACCCAAAACAGACUAGGGUAGGGGUAGAACUCGUUUUCCACUGCACUUGUCUAAUAUAAGAAACCCCAACCUUGGUCUGAACUGAGUAUGAGUGUAGAGAAGGGCAGGGGAAUGAAGUGGAGAAUGACCUGAAACUGGUGCCAAAGCAUACUUUAUUCUUUGGUAAAAUAUAAAGCCAAUUUUAAUCUGACAUCACACGCUGCUUUUCAUGAUCAAACAUAAUGGACAGAAUGAGGAAAACAGGGUCCGUCACUGUCAGAGAAAUGUGCCAUGUUAUCAAUCAACAGAUUGCAUCUCACAAGCCUCUCACAAUCCAAACAGAUGUACAGUAAGGGAUAUCUUUAAGUCAUACAUGUGAUUUCAUUCUGCCUACUAUGUCAGCAGUUCAUGCUGUGAUGUAACAGCCAUCACAAACCAACUGAUGGACAUGUAUUCAUACAAUAAACCAUGUCUGCUUUACAUUCAGAAAUGCACGCUGGUCCCACAACUGGGAAUGCUGUGCAUAUGUGUAGGCCUUCAUGCCACUUCAGAUAUCUUAGCACCAAGGAUGAAGCCUGCGCGCAAGGUUUCUUCCAUACAUUAAUAGAAUUAGAUUUGAAUGAUGUAAAUCUCUAAUUUGACUUUAGUUGGUAAUGCAGGCUUGCACGCAACAGUUACUCCGCUGUAAUCAUUUUAUCUGUUUUGUGUUUUGGUUUGUCACUUUUUACUGCAUUAUACUGAGAAGAAAUUGUAUAGGGUCCUAUAGAUUCAGACUUGAUCCCUGACAAUGGUCUGUAGCAGUCGUUGGGUAUGGUUUGUCAUUUUCCAUAACACCAACCCACAAAAAAUUAUUUUGUGUUUUUCCCCUGCACAUAUAGACUAUUUAUGCCUAUUGCCCGUAACCCCCAUGUGCACUCACCACCAAAUGUAUGUAUGUACACACAUAUUGCCCUCUUUCACUCCCUCUCAGCCUCUCUCUGUUUUCCCAAUAGUUCCGUUCUCUAUCCUGUGGAUCUAUGCAGAAGCCCAUUCCUUUUUUGGUUGUAAAUAUGUUCCCUAGUAUGCUGAACAAUGUAUGUCUUUGCGUCCAGGUUUCCUUGUGUAUUUUAAGUUGAUGUCAUGCUGUUAAUUUCUUCUUCUUCUUCUAAUUAUUCCUUUUUUUUUAUUUCAAGCAUCUGAAAUCAUUGACGUUGAAAGAGAAUGUGGUGAGGUUUAACCUAUAGACUCGUCCUCAGCUUCCCAACCUUAUUGUGAAAGGUUGUGGUUCUGUGUGUGUGAAAGCGAAAGAUUUAUGAUUAUAGAAAUGAAAAAGGUUCAAAGUCAUAUAGAAGUAUCAUUGCGAUUAUGAUUAUUAUGAUUACUAUUAUACUACCAGUAUAUUGUAAUAUUAUAAAUGCUUUAGUUCAAGUAACUUCUUUAAUUUUUUUACAAACAACUUUGAUGAAAUGAUUUAUAAAACAGUCUCAAGUCAUGAUCUUUUCAAAAAGUAUGAAAACUACUGCUACAAUGAUUAAAAUUGUGUUCUGAUGAAAAUAAAUACAGACAUAUAAUCUGUU